AUGGGCCAGUGAAGUCACAGAGCUCUGAGGUGUCCUUGGGGAAGGGAGCCAGAUACCUUGACAAUGAAUUUUGACCAGAAGGCUGUGAAAUUCAUGGCAAAAUUUUACAUCAACGGAGGCAAACGCUGGACCCAUGGCUCCCUGAGGCAGAAGACACUUGUGCCAUACCAGCCCGAGGCCUGUGUCCUGCUGUGGGGCCCCCAGCCGGGGGCUGACUCGGAGAAGAUAAGGCCCCCAGGACUGCAGGAGUUCCAGCCUGGCCUCAGGAUGCAAACGGACCCCCCUCUGGAGCGUCUCCCUAUCUGCACCCAGAACCUGAGUGGGCUGUUGGAGCGACGCCCACCCAUUGUGACCGACCUGCAAAUCCCCGGCCCGACCAAGUACCAGGUGCCAGAUGCUUCCAUACGCGAGUCCACCCCACAUCCCCACUUCAGCAUCGGCUGCAAGCAUCCCACCCGCGAGGGCGGUGGCCGCAGGGCAUGGCAGACAGUGUGGUUCCAAAGCGAAAGCCCCUUCACACAGAAAACCGACUUUAACCAAGAGCAAAAGUGGCCGUCGCCCGCGGACUAUCAACCCCUCAACCGGGCGGCCUGCCCGGCUUUCAGCUUUGGGGGCCGCCGCCCCGCAUCCAAGACCGUUGAGGCCCGCUCCCGCCCGGGGCUGCCUAGGGCCAGGGGUGCGGGUUACCGUAACCAGCCCCGGCUCCAGGCCUCUCCUCAGGCACCGGGGGGCGAAGAGGGCCCUAGCCCCAAUACCUACGACAUCUCUCCUGGGUGCUGGCUGAAGAGCCCCCGCUCGCCCGCCUUCUCCAUGAGUCGGUCACCUACGUUCGCCUCCUGGAUCAGCUCCUGUCUCUGCUAGGUCUCUGCUGGGCACCUCUGGAGGCACACUUAGAUUUUAGUCGCAUUUGCAACAACCCUGUGCUGUGAGCUUCAUCCCUGUCCCGGUCUGACAAGGAGGGAGCCAAGCUCCAGGGAGAGAGAGGGUUGUGCACCUGGUGAGGCCCAGGAACAGGGAGCUUCCGGGACCCAAUGCUCCUUUUCUUGAGGCAAAACUCUUCUCACCGUUAAAAGGCUGCUGUGAAGUCAACAAUAGGAUUGAUUGCUCAUGAUUAUGAACAUAAAAUAUACUUGGUUAAAAUGUCAGUUCUGAAAUACAUAAAGCAGGCCAACCCCGCCGGCAGCACCCCUUCUCCGGUGUCGGGCCCCCUUCCGCGGUUCCCCCACCCUCAGGUGCCCUGCAGGACCCUGCUGGUCCGGGCCGGGGGUUCUUCUGUGACCCCAGAGGAGGAAGGGUCAGAGCCAGCGCAAGCUGCGAGGUCGGGCCCAGAGACUCGGCCGCCAAGGACUG